AUGGUGUUCCCAGGGCGCUUCAGCACGGGAUGUCUGCGCUGCCGCCAGCGUAAAGUCAAGUGCGACGAGGCCAGGCCUUCGUGUCGUCGUUGCUGCAUCUACGGCAAGCCCUGUCCGGGCUACACGGACCAGUUCCAGUUCCGCCACCGUGGGACCCAGCUCGGUCCCGGUUCGAGUGCCGCUUCGGGGCAGCGCGAGCGGGCCGGGGAGGCGGCGGGGGCGACGGUGGCGGGGGCGGGGAAGAAGCAAGGGCAGCAGCACCAGCACCAGCACCAGCACCAGCACCAGCACCAGCAACUACAACAAGGAGCCGUCCAGACCCUGCCAUGGGACCGGGCUCUUGUCCGCGCGCCCGACCCGUCCUACGACGACCUGUCGCUCUCCUACUUUGUCCGCCGCUUCGUGUCGCCCAACCCGACCGACGGCUUCCCGGGCCACCUGAGCUUCCUGCCGAGCCUGUACGACUCGCACAGCCAGGGGCUGCUCGAAGCGGCGACGCUGAGCGUGGCCCAGAUGGCGGCCUACAACAAGUUUGGCGGCGAGCGGUUCCGGGUCCAGUCGUACCGCAACUACGGCCGCGCCAUCCGCAUGCUGCAGGACAUCAUCCGGUCUGAACAUCAGGCGACCGACGACAGGGUCAUCACCUCGGUCCUCCUCCUCUGCACCCUCAAGGACAUCAGCGGCGAGGGCUCCGGCGACCCGGGCGAGCACGCCCCGGGCCUGUACUACCUCGUCGAGAAGCGCGGGCCCGAGCAGAUCGCCACCAGCCGGGGGGCCGAGCUCCUCUUCCUGGCCCUGAUCCGCCUGGUAAUCUAUUCGUUCCUGCACGACGACGACACGUAUGUGGACCCCGGGUCCAUCGCGACGGCCUGGGGCGCCUUCGACCCGCUGCUGCGGGCGCUGUCCAUGAUGUCGCGGACGCUGUCGCUGCGCAAGCGGCUGCUCUCGCCGGGCGCGGAGCAGCCGCCGCUGGUCGACGACCCGGUGGAGCAGGCCGCCGUCCUGCAUGGCUGCUUCGAGACCCUCGACGCCUUCCACCGCUGGGACGAGGAGGCGGCCGAGUACUGGAAGACCACCUUCGAGGGCCGUGCCGUGCCGACCGCGCUGGGCGAGGUGGCGCCACCGUCGUCGUCGUCGGCGGCGGCGGCAGGGGGUGGCGGGGGGGCGGCGCCGCAGCACUACGACGUCGAGACGGCGUGCACCAUCAUCCUGACCCGGUCGGAGCGGCUGAUCCUGCUCAUGAGCAUGAUCGCGUACCACUACUACCAGGAGCGGGACGGGCGCGGCGCCGAGACGGGGCUGGCCGAGUGCGUGCCCGUGCUGGGGCAGCACGUCGGCAUGGCCAUCGACGACAUCCUGGCCAGCGUGCCCUACGCCCUCGGCGACGUCGGCCCGGGCGGCGUGCCGUCCUCGCUGGCCCACGACGGCGCCGCCGCCAUCGUCAUCGUCCAGUCCAUCCGCCUCGUCGCCUCGUGCGCCCUCGCCUCCCCGGCCCAGCUGCGCAGCGCCAACGACGUCCUCGCCCGCCUCAACGCGGGCAUCGGCAUCCGCGCCGCCGCCGGC